AUGCGAGCAGCUGGGGCAGCGGCUAUAUUAGCUAUUCGCCAAUCCAUUACACAUCGGACAGCACCUCAAGUCCGGGCAACGGUCUCUACAAGGGUCUGCAUAUGCACCUGCAUCCUAUCUAUCUAUGCCCAAUCAACCAUGCCCACGAAAGCGGUGGACAAGACAGGUCAUCGAACGAGGCUGUAUAGCAUCAGCAAGCAAGCAUCCCUAAUGCUGGUAGGCAUAGAUGCAGUACCCAGUAGAUACAUGUAUAUAGUCCUAUAUCCUCAUCUAUCGACAACUGCCUAUGAUGGUUCUACCGCCAAUAUCACCAUCGUAUUCUAA